AGUGCUGUUGCUGUUCUCAAGGUGCUGACGUCAGUCGAGUCAUUCCGCAAUAAGGCGUCGACGCGGAGGAUCGCUCCAGUCCCAGACAGUCGGCGGAGCAAGAGGGAAGGAGAACUUUGAGAAGCCGAACGAAGAUCAAAGGAACACUGGAAUUACAAAACGGCAGCAACCCUUACUCAAAGGAAAAACAAGGAAACGGCGUACCUGAGCAUUUUCAGGUGACAAAAGCUGCUUAAAUCCCCCCUGGAAUAUUAGAACUCUCCGAGCACGUAACAAUUGGAAUCUAAAAGAGCAAGAAGUAAAAAAGAAAGGAAAAACAGACCACCCGAAAGCCAAUAGCUUGGUGUGCGGAGACAGACUUGUAAAAAUCGACGCUUUGUCUUUCCACGUGAAACUUCUAAAAGUAAAAGGUAGUGGAUUCGAUGAGAAACAGAACAGAAAGUUUUCGUGACAGCCAUGAACAUUAACACACGUGUAUUUCUACUAGAAGUCCACGGCAGUGAGGAAACAAGAAGAAGGAUCUGGUGAAAGUGACUUGUUUGUCUUCAGAUUCACCUUGUGGAAAAAUCAUAGGAUACAGACAGCAAAAUGCUGCCUGCACUUAUGAAGAGAUGGCUCUGCAAGCCUAAGAGGUCUGACAUGCGACCUUUGGCUCAGUUCUACUAUGCUGAUGAAGAUGUGACACGGGUGACAGCAGAGUUAAAUGGACUUGACCUCAGGAAGGACCUACAGAAAUAUCUUCUGUUGCUUCACCAGCUCAGGACACUACAGGACCGCAUGCUGCAAACUAUUGAGGCAGUGAUGGAAGAGUGCAUUCCUAACCAGAGACAGAGCCGGGAGUACCAGAUCAAAUUCCCAGACGAGAUCCUACAUGAGAAUCUUGGAGUUCAGCUGUGGUUUGCUGCUGAGUGUCUUUCUGCUGGUUCCUUCCUGGAAGUUCGAGAGGCAGAGGGACUUCUAUUACGCCCUCUGGCAGAAGACCUGCUUCGCUCACUGGAGGUGGUGAGGCUGCUGCUGAGGGAACAAAGUUUGGGUGACUUUCGAAGUUACUCGGCCCAUGUGCAAGAGGCCCUGCUCCAAUAUGACCAUUCCUACUGCCAGUUUGAACUCAGAUAUAUUUCCACUGUGAUUCCAGUAAAGUCAGCCGAAGAAUUGCAACAGCAGCAGGAGAUUGUAGUGCUUUUUUGUGAGACUGUUAGCAGAGCACUGACGUUGGGUUACCUCUCACAGGACCUGAUUGAUGGCUAUGAGCCGCUCCUGAUGUUUACGAUCCCCAGACUCGCCAUUAUUUGUGGACUACUGAUAUACCCAGAAGGGCCACUGGAUCUCCGAAAGGGUGCAGAUGAACUGUCUCCUCUGUUCAGACCCUUCUACUCACUACUAGAAAAGAUCAGGGACUUGCUGCUUGUGCUGACGCCUCAGGAGCUCCACAUCCUUGAGAAAAGCUUGUGUGCUGCUGAAUCCAAUGGCUUACUUUGCUCAGUACCCCCUGCUGGGAGUGACAAGAAUACUACUGCCCCAAACACUUUUGAAGCUGCAGAGUGCAUGCCAUCUCUUGAAACCACUCAGCAGGACUUUGUCAUGGAUUGUCAAGCUUCCAUUACAGCACAGCCUGGUAGCCAAUUUCUGCCAUACACCCACAAUGGCCAAGCCCCCUCUGGCCUUUUUCCUCAUUGUCCAUUCAACCAGAAUUCAUCCCAAGACCUUCCUGGUUUGGAAUGCAGAACUCUUACACCUGUGUCUCAAGGAGGAUGGGACAGGAGGACUCCCAGAAUGGCUGUAUCCAAUCAGACUUUGAUAUUUCAUGGCCAUGGGCACCAGCCAGGAGUGAAUAUACAGGAAUAUGGGACAGAUGCACAAUAUCAUUUGGCAGAGAGUAGUCAGGAGAGACUAGCAAGUGGAAACGGACUAAGUGGUUUGACUCAAGGAAGGCCUCAGAGAUCAGGGUCAUGCAGCAUUGCACCCAAGAUCCAUGAGGUAGAAAGCAUGGAUACAACUAGGGUACCGUACAGAUGGGAGUCACCAGUAGCAGGACUGCCACCGCAAGUCAAUGGCAGGACAUCAAGCAUGCUAAGGGGCCAACAACACUACACUAUGGAGGACACAAGAAGGAAGGAGCUUCGAGCCCGCUAUCGUAGCAGCAGUGACAUGAUUCACCGACUCUUUGUGUGCAUCUCAGGCGUGGCGGACCAGCUUCAGACCAACUUUGCCAGUGAUAUGCGGCUGAUCCUCAAGUCUGUCUUUGAAGUGACAGCAAGUAAAGUGGAGAUUGAUGACCAAGAUUACCUGCACAAUCCAGAGGAAGAAGUACUUUGUCCAAGGAUGGAAGUCUGCAUACUCUGUGAGGAGUUGUCCAGUGGCCAUUUGGAGACCAACAGCCCUGCAGCAGCUCCUCCCACCUGGGUUCCAGACAGUGCUUGCAACUGCUGCUCAGCCUGCGGAGUGGUCUUCACUUUCCUGAGGAGGCGACACCAUUGCCGAAGUUGUGGAAAGAUCUUUUGCUCAGGCUGCUCAUCCAACAUGGCACCUAUACCCCGGUUUGGACUGAUGAAACCUGUUCGUGUUUGUAUUCACUGUUUUAAUUUUCACACUGGUGGGGAUCCAGCACAAUGUUGAUGCAAUGAGAAAAGUAGUCUAAUUUGAGACUCUGCAAAGGAGAUCUAUUGUAUUCCUGGAAAAAGGACUUCCUGCUGAAACUUUAUUACAUCUCUACUUCGAUUCAUUCAUUAUAUAUAAUAUAGUUUUGCAAUUUACUGUAAACUAAGUCAAAGGUGCAAUACAUUUUAUUUUGCCUCUUGCUGUAUAGGUGUGUUUUUUUUUUUUUAAAUGAAAUUUCAUGAAUAUACAGAACCAAGAUGUACCCACUAGAGGGCAGCAUUCAGUGAAACACCAGUUUAUUAGCCAUAAACAAUGGUUUUCUUCUCCCAGUUAAGUUUUUAAAGAGGUAUUCACAUUUCAAGUGUAAUAUCAAACUAUUUUAUACAUUAUAUGUAAGUCUCCUCUUACAUUCCAAAUAGUUAACUCAAUUGUUCUCUGGUUCAAAGCCAUUCACAGCAAAAUUUAAUAUUUAAGCUGUAUAUGGGAAAUGUCCAUUCAUUUAUUUUCUUCACCCACUUACCUUAUUCAACUUUAUGUUAACCUCAACAUCAUCCAGCACAUGGUAAGAACCAGCCCACUGCAUAGUUUUACACACAUACGCACUCAGUGCAUAGACUUAUAGUUGUCCAUCAACCAAACCUGUUCAUCUGUAGGAAAAGGGAGGGAAGCCAGUGAAAAUACAGCACAGACAGUGACUGGGCUGGGACUCCAACCCCAUCUCCUGAAGCUGUGAGGCAACAGGUAAAAACUUUCUGCCACAGUGCCCGUCUAUGAGGAACAUUUUUCAUGCAAUUACACAUGAAUUGAAAAACCGUAGCUCCCUUACUGGAUCUCACCUUCUAGUAAUAAUCAGAUGAUCAGAAGUUCUGUUUAUGAUAAAUAACAAAACAGAGAGAGUCGGUUGAGAGAAGAUAAAGUACAUAUAAAAGGAAAUUGACAGCUUUCAGGAGAGAGGGCCUGUGCACUUGCCCACCUCCCUCCUCUUUGUCUUGUUUGAUCUAACCCUGUGCCCUAAAUUUCAUCCUCACUCUUGAUUUAUCUCACCAUAUGGCUUCUAACCACCUCCUACAGUCAAAUACAAUUAAUCCCCUCACUCACUUCCAACAUCAGUUCCUCCUUUGGCUAUGGUGACGCCAGUCUAGAACUUCCCUUAGUGGCCUCUGGUGUCCCUAUAACCUAAACUCUUAUGUCUCCUUAAAGAGCUGGGUCUCCACAGCAGCUCCACUAAUACCUCUUCCUGCAAAUGGGGCAACGCAUUCUCACUUCUUAAAGUUAGAGACCAUGUACUGAUGUCUUGUUACCAACUGGUAGGGUAUUAGCCCCCUGGCAUCCUUUCUGGCCUUGCCAUUUAAUGAAUCACAUGAACCCAACUUCCUUCUUAGCCAAUAAAUAGUAAGCAAGAUCUUGUGCUUUCACCUGCUGGCCUGUGGAUCUCUGGGCCUCUUGACUCAGAGGGUUGGGAAUCUGCUACUUAUGCCCCCAACUCUCUGCUAUCGGGUGUGCAAAGGUGUUCUGU